UUGAUUGAUUGGAUUAUCUAGAGUCUAUACUAAUAAACCGGCCGUCAAUCCGAUUGAGGAUUGGCCGGUUUACUAACCACGCUGUGCUGAACCGGAUGGAGUUGUAACUUUUGUAACCUUGCAAAAGCGCAUAGUCUCGGAAACUUGGGGAAAUCUUUCAGCGUACACCCACUCACUCUAAGCCAUAGAGCUCCCCUAGAAUCCCGACUCUUGCCGUCUACGGUCUCUCCCCACGCCGCCCCGUUCUCCAACAUGGCAUCCCCACCAACAUCACUCAGCGCCGCCGCCAGCAUCUUCGAACCCUUUGAGUACUGCCUCUACUGCGAGGAUCCCCACUUCGGCGCCAAUUCGCCUCACUAUACCAAGCUGCACUAUGCCCGCAAAGCCGACAAGCUACACACGGAGAACAGCGAGAAGCAGGGCCUCAUCGACGAGCUCACCGAAAAGAUCGCCAAGCUCGAGGAGGCCAAUGAAGGAAAGCAGAAAGUGAACAUGGAGUUAUGCAAGAAGGUCAUUGCGUUGGAGAAGGAUGUCCAUGGAGAGAUGGCCAAGGAGCUUGAGGAGGAGCGGAGGGCUAAUUUGAAGCUUCGUGGUGAACUUGACUGUGAGCGUUCGAAGGCCACCGUCGACUGGGCGAAGAAGCCUCUUCCCAAGACUCAGACUCGGACUGGAUUUCGUCUGGGUGUGCACGUAGGACGGGCUGGUAUGGAUGAGUGGCGAGGAAGGAGGCCGGGACCGUGGCUAUGGGGGUUAUGAGGGCUUUUGAAGCUGGGAUGGGCUUGCAGGCGGGUAUCCCGGCCUUAGAACCGCAUGGUGAUC